AUCAUAUCUAGUGAUGAUGUUUCGGUUAUCAUAAUGACGCGACUUAAAAUGACUGAAUUGGAAGUCAAGGCAAACAAACGAAUCAUGAAAAAUUCGAUAGGCAGCGGAAAAUUUACUCGAAGUAAAUCUGCCAAGGACAUAAACGUAAUUGAAUUUAAUAAAUUACGAAGUUGUAAACGAAAUAGCAGCGUUUUUAAUGCUUGUAUUGGCCGACCUUUUGAACAGAAUGAGUACAUCAAGUAUCCCGUUCUGUAUGAACUCAGUCACAAAUAUCUUCAUGACAACCAACCGGAAUCAAAUCUUCCGGAUCGACUUGAAGAAAUUAAGGAAGCCAUCAGGAAAGAGAUUCGAAAAGAGUUGAAGAUUAAAGAAGGUGCGGAGAAAUUACGCGAAGUUGCCAAAGAUCGUCGUGCCUUGUCCGAUGUUGCAUCAAUUGUAAAGAAAAGUAACACAAAAUUAGCAGAACUGAAAUCAGAGCUUCAUGAGCUUGAAAGCCAAAUAAUUUUGACGCAAGGCAACAGUAAUGGAAAAGAAUAUUUCACGGCAUCAUCGCCGAUGACGAUGAAUUCUAGUUCAGUGCAAGCUGACGAUCCAGCAUCGCAUGAUAAAUAUCUUCAAUCACUUGAGAAACAGUUGACGAUCGAGACCAAGGUGAAGAAUGGAACUGAAAAUAUGAUUCAAUCAAUCUCUCAAAACUAUCAAAGUCGUGACAAGAAACUUCUGGCAGAAGCCUACACCAUGCUCGAUGAUUCAAAAGCUAAAAUCGAAUUUCUCAAGCUGAAAAUUUUGAAGGUCAAGCAGAAUCAUCAGUUAAAUAGAUCGUCAGCCGAUAAUGGUGAAUUGCGAUCGAAUGAACAACUCGAAUCGUCAUUAGAAGAGCGGAUUGAAGAGUUACGUCAUCGUCUACGUAUUGAAGCAGCAGUUGUAGAUGGUGCUAAGAAUGUUAUUAGGACAUUACAAAGCAAUAAAUCUAUAGACAAGAAAGCCUUGCAAGAGGUGGAAAGAAAAAUGGCAACAAAAAUUAAUAAAAUUGUGGAUGAAGAAAAAGCAAAUGAGAGCAGUGGCAGCAGUAAUGAAAUUACCGCUGAAUGGAUUGUUCGAGCACAGCUGAAAAUUACGCAGCCAAAAAAGAAAGCUGCGUCAUUUGGCUCAAGCGAUUGUCGUGUUCGACGUUCGUCUGAUAGUCCAUGUCGUGUUGUGUACAAAUGGAAUUCGGAUACAAAAAAUGAAGAACAAGCAACAUCGACAAGUCGAAAUGUCAAAAGCAGUUCAAAGAAGACUUCGGAAAGUGGAUCGAAAGUGCCCACGCAAAAGCCACUCAUCAGCAACAAAGAAAGCCGUUUACCUAAUGAUGCGAUGUGUAAAAGCACUUGCAGUAUUGUUUUAACAACCGACAUGUGCCCAGCUGCAAUGCUUGAAAAAGUUGGCAGUGGAUGUACAACUCACACCUACACAUUUUCACCUGAUCAGUCUGAAAUCAUCCACGAUUGCCAACGUCACGAGCAAAAGCUUUCAGUGUCGAAAGAUGUCAGUUGCCAGACGAGUGAUUGUGAAGUUAUUCCAGUAAGUAAGAAGCAAUCAUCUGUCAGUCGUGCUUCUAGUGCUGAACAAAGAAGAAAACUUUACACUGAUCAUCGGAGAGCUACAGAAUCAUUGGUAUCGUCACGCGAACGAUCGGAGGGAAGACUUUUAACGCCUUCACGAGUGCCACGACAACCGUCGCCAGCUCUCUCAAAUCAAUCACCACGUUCAUCUUCAAAAGACAAAAAGAAGCCACCAAGAACUGUUCAUAUUGAUGUUUAUUGUACGGGUUCUGAAGUUGAUACUUCAAAUAGUAGCAAUUCAUCGUCACCUAACAUUGUGGAUGACAUUGCUAAUUUAAUGGCACAAACAAAAGUCAUCGAAACCGAUGACAUGCUGUUAAAGCAUCAGAGAAUUGUAGGAAAGAAUGAGUUGCCAAGAAAAUUGGCAAAUGAAAGCAACAAAAAGUCGAAAUCUUUUGUUACGGAACCGUCGAAUGAUCAACUUUUUGACUUCACAAAGGUGCUAAUGCAAAACAAUGCCAAUGAGAAGGAAGAAGUGAAUGAGAGCAAGCAAAUGUUGUUUAAGAAAUAUCUUGGCGAUCAACGACAAAUACAAAAGUUUAAUGAACUUCGUUCGUUGCUUCAAUUUCGACGUGACAUAAGUGACGAUGCAAUUAGCAGUAAUUACGCGAAUUCCAGUUAUUCAACUGUUAGAGAUUUGACAUCAAGUUCAAUUGGUUCAGCAAUUGCUAAUUCACCAUCAACGAUUGUUGAAGAUUCGGAAUCGACAUGGAAGGAAUUGGACGUUGCAAUAAAGUCAGGAAACUUCUUGACGCCUGUUGGAAGCUUCAGACAAUGGGAUAAAGAUGAGGAACUUCAAAAGAUGAAGCAGUUUGAGAGAUUGUGGAGCCGAGAAGAAGAACCGAUGAGAGAUCUUUUAACCCAACAUAAAUUAAUGGAAAAUUUUAUGUUUAUUAACAAACAGAAGAGAGAAUCUGAACAUUCAGGGAACAUGUCAGAAUCAGAUCACAGUUUUAAUUAUCAAAAGUCGAGUGAAUGUUUAGGUAACAUUAGCGACUCAAGUCCGUCAACUGUCAUUAGCAAUUCUCAGCGAAGGAAUUUCCGGGAAAAUGUUCCUUCUGUUGCUGUUGUUAAAGAGUCCUCAGAGAAGAGAGAAAUGAGUUCAAAGUCAUCAUCAUUAAAGUCGGGAAGCUAUUCGAAAGAUCAUCUCGCAUUGGCAAGGAAGUUUGGAUCUGUUUUGAAGACAAUGCGAAAGCCUGGCCAUCAUGUUGGUCCCAUUCGUAAUCCAUCAUGCUUAUGCGAAACAUGCAAGCGUUGGGUGUUGGAUCGUGAUCAAGGUCAAGGACGUGACAGAGCAUUUUCAGUCGGUGACACUCCAAUUAUGAAAUCAACAUUCUGGAGACGAAACAAUCGAUAUUUUGCACAAGGACGUUUAAUUGAAUCAUCUAGAAAGUUAGAUUUACUUCGUUACGCUCUUGAGCUUCGUCGUGCUGAACUUCCGCCCGACUCUGAAGCGGCCGCUUUACUUAAAACCGAACUUCAAAAUGUCCAAGCAGCAAGUCCCGUACCUGUUCAGUAUACAUCGCUUCAUCCAUUUCGUGCUGGUAAUCAGGGAAAGCCGUCUCAUUAUUUGUCAUUAUCACGAUGUGCUGCUGUAACUGGUAAACUUGAAGUUCGUUUAAUGGGAUGUCAAGAUCUUCUCGAAGAUGUUCCAGGACGAUCAAGACGCGACAAAGAUUCGCUCUCAAGUCCAACAGGCGAUUUAAAAAGUUUCGUGAAAGGUGUAACAAGUCGCAGCUCAUCAAAAAGUUAUAGCGUUAAGGAUGACAUUUCAUCAGAGAUAAUGGCUGUUAUUAAACUGGACAAUACAACUGUCGCUCAAACAUCAUGGAAGCCAUGUUCACAGCAAGCCUGGGAUCAACGCUUCUCAAUUGAUCUCGACAAGUCUCGUGAACUUGAGAUUGGAAUUUAUUGGCGUGAUUGGCGAUCUCUUUGUGCUGUGAAAUUCUUGCGACUCGAAGAGUUUAUCGAUGAUAUAAGACAUGGAAUGGCAUUACAAUUGGAGCCAACUGGUUUACUUUUCGCUGAGAUAAAAUUCCUUAAUCCCAUGAUAUCACGUAAGCCAAAACUUCAACGUCAACGUAUGAUUUUCAAUAAGCAGGCGAAGAAUAUUCCACGAGCUAAACAGAUGAACAUAAACAUAGCGACAUGGGGAAGGCUGCUGAAGAGAAGCACACCAGCAGUGACAAAUCAACAACAAAAUGUUUCAACACCAACAUCAACACAUCCAGCUUAUGGCAAUGGUUCAGGACCACAGCCAGUUCAAUUGAUCUUCGAAGGUGAACCAUCACGACUUGAUCCACCAGAAACACCCGCGCAACCACAAAUGUCUCUCGGUGUUGAUCUCCUUCGUCCAGUGCUUUCGAUGCCGCCGGUGAUUCUUAUGGAUGGUGGCAUAAGUUCCACAAACAGUAGUCCGCGUUUGAAUAUUCAUUCAAUUCCACCAAGUCCUAUCGUGGAAAUGCCACCAUCGCCAUCACCAUCUCAACUUGUUGAAUAUCCCCAUGACGAUGACAUCUACGAAUACGAUGAAGAUGGUUUCGUUGUUGAGCUUUUGAGAAAAAAUCCUGAAAGACGUUUAGGAUCAUCUGAACGUGACGCAGAAGAUGUUAAAAGGCAAGCUUUCUUCCGUGGCAUAACAUGGGAUGAACUUUUGCUUCGAAAAGUCAAACCACCAUUCGUUCCGACAAUCCGAUCAAUGGAAGACGUGUCUAACUUUGACGAAGAAUUUACAUCAGAACCACCCAACUUGACACCACCAAAAGAGCCGAGACAUUUAACCGAUCAGGAGCAAGAAUACUUCAAGGAAUUCACUUAUAUGGCCGAUUGGUUAGUUUGUGGUGAUGUCGAGUCAAACUUUGAUGCAGUUUUUCAUAAAAUAAAGUGUUUAUGUAACAAAACAAAUUUCUCAUUUGUUCUUUGCGUUGGAAGCUUCUUUGGGGAACAUGCUGGAAACUUAGAUGACUACAAAACAGGAAAGAAAAGUGUUCCAAUUCCAACAUACAUUUUGGGACCAAACAAUGAACAGCAAAUGAAACAUUUUGAAACGUUUAAAAUAACAGAAGAAAACAAUGAAAUUUGCGAAAAUCUCUCCUACUUAGGGCGCAGAGGUGUAUUUACGCUUGCAUCAGGUUUUACUGUUGCAUACUUAUCUGGUACGGAAAGCAAAGGUGAAUCAAAGCAAUUGUGGGAAUUUGACAAGAAAGAUAUUAUUGCGUUGAGAAAUUCUUGCUUAAAGAACUUUACAAACAUGGAUGAUUAUCGAGGGAUUGACUUUUUACUCACUUCUCAAUGGCCAUCAGCAAUGGUUGAAGAAGAGGAGGAAAAUAAAUCAAAAUUAAUUUCCUUUCUAUCUCUCGGCGUCAAGCCACGUUAUCAUUUCUGUGGAUUAAACAACAAACACUUCGAAAAAGCCCCGUUUCGGUUUCCAACGCAAUAUCAACGAUCAGUUGAAUUAGUUUCACGUUUCAUAGCAUUAGCGAAACAAAAUAACACUACAAAAAGCAAAUUUCUUUAUGCUUUAAAUGUUGCGCCACUUGCCGUGAUACGAUUGACAGAUCUUAUGCAGAAAUCCACAGACGAGAUUGAAUGUCCUUAUAUUAAAAUCGAUUUCGCUGAUUUAGGAACACAAACUAAUGAGAAUCAACAAUUCUUUUGGAGCGAAGGUAGAGGUGAUAAAAGAAAGCUGUCGAGAAAUUCAGAACAACAAAGAAAAAAAUUCAGACCAAUGACGGAUCAAGAAAAAUGUUGGUUUUGUUUGAGUUCUGGUGAUAUUGAAAAGCAUUUGAUCAUCUCAAUUGGUGAUAACUUUUACAUUGCUUUAGCCAAAGGGCCUCUGAAUAAUUAUCAUGCGCUCAUCCUUCCAAUAAGUCACGUUCAAUCAUCGGCACAUCUUAUUGAAGAACAUUUUCAAGAGCUUGAGUUGUUUAAGCGAGCAUUGAAGAAGUUUUAUGAAAGCAAAAAUAUGUGUGCAGUCUUUUUCGAAAGAAAUUACAAGACUUCACACAUGCAAGUGAAUGCUGUUGGAAUUGAUAAAAAUGUAGAAUGGCAGUUGAAAGAAACAUUUAAUGAUAAGGCUGAAGAGUUUAGUUUGGCAUUUGAGACAAUACCUAAACUAAUGUCAUCAAAAGAUCUCCCAGAACGCUCUCCCUACUUCGUUAUUGAAUUACCAAACAACGAAACUUUAAUCACGCGACAAAUGAAUCGAUUUCCAAUCAAUUUCGGUCGUGACUUUCUUUGCGCUGAAACAAUUUUAAAUACUGAAGAUAAGAUUAAUUGGAGAAAUUGUCAACUACCGAAAAGUAUUGAAGAAGAUCUCGUGAGAGCUUUCAGAGUUGGAUAUAAAGAAUUUGACUUUGUUCAAGAUGAUGUUGACGAUGACGAUGAUUUAUAAUCGAUAUGAAUGUUUACAUAACAAUAAGCACGCAACAUGUAAAUAAAAUGAAACUUUCAAACGCGAUAAUCAGAUUAAAGGAAAUUUUCUUUU